GAGAGAGAGAGAGAGAGAGGAACAGCGAUCCAGGAAGGGGUGUGGAGGAGUCGUGCAGUAUGUACAGUUUCCAAAAUCGGAUUCCGAAUUUGCGUAGCAGAAAAACAAAAACAAAGUAGCGAUAAAGACGACGGCCAGAGAGAGGUACGGAAGGCACCUGUUUGUGUUGAGGGGAUAGUUAGUUGACUUCAGCAUUGUAUUUGAACGACGCAAAGUGAGUCUGCGGAUUAAUUACAGAGCUGUGUUCUCGACGUGUUUUUAUUCGUCCAGUCCUGUCCACUCCUGUGCGAUUUGAAUCCGUGUAGAAUCUGCUAUUGUUUUAUUGUUUUAUUUCGUUUAAACCUAUCCUGAUUCCUGCAGUCGGAGGAAGGGGGUCGUUUCUACGCUUGAGGAAUUCAAACACUGCGUUUUAAAACGUCUUUAUUUAUUUAUUUAUUGAUUGAUUUGAUUAUUUACAUUUAUUUUAAGUACAAACAUCUGUGUUGUCGAAGAUCUGAACAGAUUCAAGUAUGCUGUGUCCUGGUCUCGCUCGUUGUAAGCUCGCUCUCCUGUUCGCUGUGUUGAUGGAUGUUCUCGGGGUCACCGCUCUGCUCCUAGGAGUCUUCGCCCCGCUCCAGUUGCGGGGCAGGGAUUUUGGGGACCUGCUUGUUUACUCGGGAGCCAUCAUGGUGUUUGUGUCGCUGGCGGGCUGGGUGUUCUGGUACAGUGGUAAUAUCGAGGGGCUGGAGUGUGAGAAGGCAGGGCGCCCAGGCGGGGGCGCUGUGGAGAGACUUGCUCGAUCACUCAGCAGACGACUGAACAGCAGGAAAAAUCAGAAUGACACAAUCACCCUGACCAGGAGAGAGGAGUGAGACACAGUGAGGUGAGUCACCCUGACCAGGAGAGGAGUGAGACACAGUGAGGUGAGUCACCCUGACCAGGAGAGAGGAGUGAGACACAGUGAGGUGAGUCACCCUGACCAGGAGAGAGGAGUGAGACACAGUGAGGUGAGUCACCCUGACCAGGAGAGAGGAGUGAGACACAGUGAGGUGAGUCACCCUGACCAGGAGAGAGGAGUGAGACACAGUGAGGUGAGUCACCCUGACCAGGAGAGAGGAGUGAGACACAGUGGGGUGAGUCACCCUGACCAGGAGAGAGGAGUGAGACACAGUGGGGUGAGUCACCCUGACCAGGAGAGAGGAGUGAGACACAGUGAGGUGAGUCACCCUGACCAGGAGAGAGGAGUGAGACACAGUGAGGUGAGUCACCCUGACCAGGAGAGAGGAGUGAGACACAGUGAGGUGAGUCACCCUGACCAGGAGAGAGGAGUGAGACACAGAGAGGUGAGUCACCCUGACCAGGAGAGAGGAGUGAGACACAGAGAGGUGAGUCACCCUGACCAGGA